AUGGAUUACCACCUGCUUGGACUAAUUCUGUCUUUUCUCUUCAAUGGCACAAAGGUCUUAGCCGGUUACCCAAUUUGGUGGUCCCUGGCCCUGGGCCAGCAGUACAGCUCCCUGGGCUCCCAGCCCAUCCUCUGUGGCUCCAUCCCCGGCCUGGUGCCCAAGCAGCUCCGCUUCUGCCGCAACUACAUCGAGAUCAUGCCCAGCGUGGCCGAGGGGGUGAAGCUGGGCAUCCAGGAGUGCCAGCACCAGUUCCGGGGCCGCCGCUGGAACUGCACCACCAUCGAUGACAGCCUGGCCAUCUUCGGGCCUGUCCUGGACAAAGCCACGCGCGAAUCCGCUUUCGUGCACGCCAUCGCCUCGGCCGGGGUGGCCUUUGCUGUCACCCGCUCCUGCGCCGAGGGCACCUCCACCAUCUGUGGCUGUGACUCCCACCACAAGGGACCCCCGGGGGAUGGCUGGAAGUGGGGGGGCUGCAGCGAGGACGCCGACUUCGGGGUGCUGGUGUCCCGGGAGUUCGCGGACGCGCGGGAGAACCGGCCGGACGCGCGCUCCGCCAUGAACCGGCACAACAACGAGGCUGGCCGGACGACCAUCCUGGACCACAUGCACCUCAAGUGCAAGUGCCACGGGCUCUCGGGGAGCUGCGAGGUCAAGACCUGCUGGUGGGCCCAGCCCGAUUUCCGAGCCAUCGGGGACUACCUGAAGGACAAAUACGACAGCGCCUCGGAGAUGGUGGUGGAGAAGCACCGCGAGUCGCGGGGCUGGGUGGAAACCCUCAGGGCCAAGUACGCGCUCUUCAAGCCGCCAACGGAGCGGGACCUGGUGUACUACGAGAACUCCCCCAAUUUCUGUGAGCCCAACCCCGAGACGGGCUCCUUUGGGACGAGGGACAGGACGUGCAACGUCACCUCGCACGGCAUCGACGGCUGCGACCUGCUGUGCUGCGGGCGCGGCCACAACACGCGGACUGAGAAGCGCAAGGAGAAAUGUCACUGCAUCUUCCACUGGUGCUGCUACGUCAGCUGCCAGGAGUGCACGCGGGUCUACGACGUCCACACCUGCAAGUAAAGCACAGGUGGGGCUCCACUGGUGGAGGUGGCUCCCAGAGCAGGGCCCCAGGGGUCACUCAGACCCACAUGUGGCCUCACACUGCUGGAGGAUGGCACAAAAAUCCUGGUGGCCCCAGCCAGGGCACCGAGAAGGCUCUGGGCAGCUCAUGAGGUAAGGUGGGACUGCUGGUGCCUCGGGCUGCCUGGGGA